GAGAAAAAUCAUUUGAUUACUUGUUUAUAAUAUACAUGCAAUUUAAUUUCAACUUUCUGGAUUGUUUGGGAUCAAUUGACGCGCUCUCAGCCAGUCACCAUGCUGACAUUUUUACAGGUACAUUACUCGGUAGGAAACUGAAGAAAACACGCGAAAUACAGUGACGUGAAAUUCAAAAGUAUAGAAAUCCUAUUACUUAUUGCUCUCGUUAAAAAGGCACGACAGUUACAUUUACCGACUCUGUUAAAUAAAUAUAACAUUCACGAACGAUAUAACGUGAAAGGUGACAUAUUUAAUAAGGCAAAUAACAUCUGUCAGAAAGAUUUUUCACGAGGAAGUAAUAAAGUCUCUGUUUAUUUUUGUUCUCUGUUUCGCUCAUAUCGGGAACUGAUUGCAAUGGAGUCUAGAAUUUGUUUGUUUGUUUUGCUUUACUGUUUCCUCCAUUCAGUAUGUCAUUAAUAUAUUCUACACGAAGUGCAUCUACCCAAUUUCCGCGCGUUGUGAUCUGUUUUUCAAUCUUUGUUUACACUGACGGCUUGCCUUUUCUUGCAAUUCCAAACACCAUUUCAAUGAAGACCGAAUCAUAUUUAGACGCUUGAUAAACCGACCCAUGAAAGGAUGAAGUUUCCAUGGGAGAGGAAACGAGACAAUUGGAAAUUAGAAUGAAAAUCAAACUGACAACGCUUAAUUAAAACUUAAUCAUAGAAUCCAAAUAAACCUGCUUUCUCUUGUCCACCAAAUAAAUUGCAAUGAUCUUACCUUUUGUACGAAUUUCAUCAACUAAAAAUCAUGGUUGCUGAGAUAAUCAGUGGGAAAGACAUGAUAAUAACUUCAUAGCAAUCAAAACGAUAACAUCUACCGUGAAAUCGUUUCAGAAAAACAUAAUACAGACUCCAUGGUAACGACAAGUAUGUUUGGCAGUAACCCUAGGACGGAUUAACUCAACUCCAAGCAGAUAUGCAGAUACGCAGUUUCAGUUAAGCCAUGCAGCCUGUUAACAAAGCACCUUCGAUCUUUCAAAGAUAGUUGGAAAGCAUUUCAAGCCGCAUCCUCGGGUAUACUUCACCUUAAAUGACUUCCAUACUGUACUGAAAUGCUGCAUUUCCAAGUAAAUAUAUUAAGGAAGACCUCUUUGCGGCACAGCAAACAUUAAAACAGCAAUAUGAGCAUUGCUAAGGAAGCUUGAACCCAAACUGCACAAGCGUUCCUUUGUAUGGCGCCUUUACAAGGAACCCAUUCAUUGUGGUUUCUUGUAGUUUCUAAUGUUAUUCUUGCUAUCACUUCAACGUUAGGUAAUACUGUGAUCUUAGCUGCUCUUUGCAAGGAGUCGUCCCUUCAUCUUCCUUCCAAGAUCUUGUUACGUUCACUGGCGCUCACUGAUUUGUCUGUUGGGAUUCUCUUGGAGCCACUAUUUGUUAUGUUUUUAUUGGGCGUCAAAGGGUUAAUUACGCUGGAAUACAAAAACUGGAAUCUUUGUACCCAGAUUGCUUUGACGAUUCUCGUUGCAGCUCAAGUGUUCUGUAACUUAUCUUUGCUCACACUGACAGCAAUCAGCGUGGACAGACUUCUCGCCUUGUUACUGGGCAUAAGAUACAGACAAGUGGUUACUUUUAAACGAGUUUUAAUGUUUGUGAUCUGUUUUUGGACUUUAAUCACUUCUCUUGCAUUGGUGGUGGUCUGGGACUACCAGUUUUCUUUGCACUAUAACUCCAUAGCAGUCUUAUUCUGUUCAGUAAUCUCAACAUGUUGUUAUACAAAGAUCUUCCAGAAACUUUACCAUCAUCAGAUUCACGUUCACCAAGGACAACCCAACGGACAUGCGCCGUUGAACAUAGCACGAUACAGAAAAACAGUGUCCAGUACAUUGUGGGUACAGUUGACGCUAGUAACGUGCUACCUUCCAGCAGGCACAGUUGUAGCAUUAAUGGCCAUCAAAGGAAUAACUCCGACUCUUGGUAUUGCUUUGGCGUUUCUUGUUACUGUUGUACAUUUAAACUCAACUCUGAACCCGAUCCUAUACUGUUGGAAGAUAGGGGAGGUGAGACGAGCGGUUGUAGAAAUACUGCGACAGACGUUUUGUUUGUCGUCGAAUUAAAUAUUUUGAGAAACAACAGAACACUUCACAGAAGGAAGAAAAGACGGCAGGGCAAGCAAAACAAAACUAGAUAUUCUUCUGGCUCUUUACGAGAAGUGCGUUUGCUGGUCCGCUACAACAUGCGUUGUGUGUGUUCCUCCCUGUGCAGACACCCCUCGUUGGCUAUCUACCUUCUAAUAUCCAACUCGCGCUCGUGGAAUAAUUGUUCAAUAUAGCAUGAAAAUCUUGGUAGACUUGAGGAAAUCUUACAACACUACUUUUGUGAA